UUUAGUGCAUGGGCUUUGUCCUUGCCCCUGUGGGUCCUAUGGGACUUGAGAGGCUAUAGAUCCCACAGAGUUCUGUGGCAUUCCAUAGAGUCUUAUAGGGUCCUAUGGGCCGGGAGGGGGGGAUCCUGUGGGAUCCUAUAGGAACCCAUAGUUCCUAUGGGUUGCUAUGGGACUUGAGGAGCCCCUGAGGGAUCCCGUGGGCUCUAUAAGGUCCUAUACGGCUCUGUGGGGCUAGGUAGGGGGGUGUGGUGGUGCUGGGGAGGUCUUAUAGGAUCCAGCAGGAUCCUAAGAGGAGCUAUGUGGUCAGGGGAAGCUAAGGGAUUGUAUGGGAUAGGGGGCUCAUAUGAGGUCCAGGGGGGUUCUGUGGAGUUUCUAUAGGGCAGAGGGUCCCUAGGAAGCAGGGAGAUCCCUGUGUGGUCCUAUAGAACUGGAGGUCUCCCUAUGGGGCAGGGGGGUCUGAGGAAGGAGGUGGAUGGCAAAUCCUGUCUGGCCACACCCCCUAGAUGAUGUAUAACUUUUUUGGGAAGUGGGGGGGGGGGGAGAUAAAAGAUGUCCCCGUAAUCAGAAGCAGCAGAGCCUGGGCAGGUGGGAGUUGGGAAUGGGGAGCACUGGAAGGGGACUGAGCUUGUCUAUAGGGGAACUGCAAAGGAAUGGGAGAAACUAAGAGGAACUGGGAGGGUCAAUAGGGAGAAUGGGAGGGACUGGGUGGGACUGGGAGGGGAUAUGAGGAAACUGGGAAGGACUGGGAUGGAAGUGGGAGCACUGGGGGUGUCUAUAGGGGGAUAGUGGGAGGAGAUAUGGGGGGAUAUGGAGGAACCAAGAGGGGGGUGGCAGGGAACUAGGAGUGGAUAUGGGAGGGUAUGGAGAAACUGGGAGGGGAUUGGGAGGGUCCGUAGGUGAACUGGGUUGGGACUGGAAUAUACUGGGAUACACUGGUGAGUUCAUGCUGUUUUCUGGACCUGGAUUCACUGAAUGAGGACAAAAAGUGAGGGAGGGACUGCAAGCACUGGUGUCCAACUAGUGUCCAGCUAGUGUCUUACUGGUCUUGAUAACAUUGUGGUGCCUUACUGGUUCCUUACAUGUGUCUUCCUAGUGCCUUACUGAUGUUAGUGUUGCUAAUCUUACUGGGAUUAGUAGUACUGGUAUCUUACUGCUGUCCUUCUGGUACCUUCAUGGUGUCCUACUGGUAUUAAUAGUGUCCCACUGGUGCCUUACAGUUUUAAUAGUGUCUUAGUGGUGUCUUACUAGUGUUCUGCUGAUCUCAGUAGUGUCAUAGUGGUGUCCUACUAGUCUUAGUGGUGUUUUACUGGUCUUAAUGGUGUCCUACUAGAGCUUUAGUAGUGUUUGUGUUGCUGGUGCCUUACUGGUUUAGGUACCAACUUAAUGGUGUCCAAAUGGUGCCUUGGUGGUGUUAGUUGAACUGGUUUCUUAUUUGUGACUGAUGCCUUACUGGUGUCACUGGUGCACAGGCCACCAUACCAGCCCUACCUCCAAGCUGGCCAAGUUCUUGGAGGCCACACAGUGCCCAUGGAUGUCAGAGCAGGAGCACUUGGCAGUGCAGACAUGGCCCUUCAACCUCAAGCACGACAUCUCCAUCCCUGACAAGCAUGAGAAGCUCAUCAAGGCCACUAUCGUAUCCUGCAACAGCACCAAGGUCACCAUGCAGACCGAGCAUGGGCAAGGUGGGCUGCCAAAAAUGACCCUGACAGUGCCUGAGGCCGACGUGCACCCCCAAAACCCCCCAAAAUUUGACCGCAUUGAGGACAUGGCCAUGCUGACGUUCCUCCAUGAGCCCGCCGUUCUCUACAAUCUCAAGGAGCGCUAUGCUUCCUGGAUGAUAUAUACCUACUCGGGGCUCUUUUGUGUCACUGUCAACCCAUACAAGUGGCUUCCAGUCUACAAUGCUGAGGUGGUAGCUGCCUACCGGGGCAAGAAGCGGACUGAGGUACCACCCCAUAUCUUCUCCAUCUCGGAUAAUGCAUACCAGAACAUGCUGACAGAUCGUGAGAACCAGUCCAUCCUCAUCACUGGAGAAUCCGGAGCGGGGAAGACUGUUAACACAAAGAGGGUCAUCCAAUACUUUGCCAGCAUUGCCGCCAUUGGUGACCGCAAAAAGGAGGUAGCAAAUAGCAGCAAGGGAACCCUGGAGGAUCAAAUCAUCCAGGCCAACCCUGCCUUGGAGGCCUUUGGCAACGCCAAGACUGUCCGCAAUGACAACUCUUCACGAUUUGGGAAGUUCAUCCGAAUCCACUUUGGGGCUACUGGGAAGUUGGCAUCAGCCGAUAUAGAGACCUACCUCCUGGAGAAGUCCCGAGUCAUCUUCCAGCUGAAGGCUGAGCGAAACUACCACAUCUUCUACCAGAUCCUCUCCAACAAGAAGCCUGAGCUUCUGGAGAUGCUGCUUAUCACCAACAACCCUUAUGACUACAGUUACGUCUCCCAAGGAGAGGUGACCGUGGCCUCCAUCGAUGACUCGGAAGAGCUGUUGGCAACCGACAGUGCUUUCGAUGUCCUGGGCUUCACUGCAGAGGAGAAGGCUGGUGUUUACAAGCUGACGGGUGCCAUCAUGCACUUUGGCAAUAUGAAGUUCAAGCAAAAGCAACGAGAGGAGCAGGCGGAGCCAGACGGCACCGAAGAUGCCGACAAGUCGGCUUACCUGAUGGGGCUAAACUCAGCCGACCUCCUCAAGGGGCUGUGCCAUCCCCGGGUGAAGGUGGGCAAUGAGUAUGUCACCAAGGGACAGAGCGUCCAGCAAGUCUACUACUCCAUUGGGGCUCUGGCCAAGGCUGUCUAUGAGAAAAUGUUCAACUGGAUGGUGGUCAGGAUCAACAACUCACUGGAGACCAAACAGCCUCGUCAAUACUUCAUUGGUGUCCUGGAUAUUGCUGGCUUUGAGAUCUUUGAUUUCAACAGCUUUGAGCAGCUCUGUAUUAACUUCACCAAUGAGAAGCUGCAGCAGUUCUUUAACCACCACAUGUUUGUGCUGGAGCAGGAAGAGUACAAGAAGGAGGGCAUUGAGUGGGAGUUCAUUGAUUUUGGCAUGGACCUCCAGGCCUGCAUUGAUCUCAUCGAGAAGCCCAUGGGGAUCAUGUCCAUCCUGGAGGAGGAGUGCAUGUUCCCCAAAGCUUCAGACAUGACCUUCAAGGCCAAACUGUUUGACAACCACUUGGGCAAAUCGGCCAAUUUUGGGAAACCCAGGAAUGUCAAAGGGAAGGCAGAAGCCCACUUCUCACUCAUCCACUACGCGGGCACAGUGGACUACAAUAUCAUCGGUUGGUUGGAGAAGAACAAGGAUCCUCUCAAUGAGACAGUGGUGGGGCUCUAUCAGAAGUCAGCCCUCAAGCUAUUGGCCAGUCUCUUCUCCAACUAUGCUGGGGCAGAUGCUGGUGGUGACAGUGGAAAGGGGAAAGGAGCCAAGAAGAAAGGUUCCUCCUUCCAGACUGUCUCAGCCCUGCACCGGGAGAACCUCAACAAGCUGAUGGCCAACCUCAAGACAACCCAUCCCCACUUUGUCCGCUGCCUCAUCCCUAAUGAGAGGAAGGAGCCGGGUGUGAUGGACAACCCCCUAGUGAUGCACCAGCUCCGCUGCAAUGGGGUGCUAGAGGGCAUCCGCAUCUGCCGCAAGGGUUUCCCCAACCGCAUCCUCUAUGGGGACUUCCGCCAACGAUACCGCAUCCUUAACCCCACAGCUAUCCCUGAGGGACAAUUCAUUGACAGCCGCAAGGGUGCUGAGAAGCUCCUGGGGUCCCUUGACAUUGACCAUAACCAGUACAAAUUUGGGCACACCAAGGUCUUCUUCAAGGCUGGGCUGCUGGGGCAGUUGGAGGAGAUGCGGGAUGAGCGCCUCUCCCUCAUCAUCACCCGCAUCCAAGCUCAAGCCCGAGGCCAGCUCAUGCGCAUUGAGUUCAAGAAGAUUCUGGAGCGCCGGGAUGCACUCUUGGUAAUCCAGUGGAACAUCCGGGCCUUCAUGGGGGUGAAGAAUUGGCCGUGGAUGAAGCUCUACUUCAAGAUCAAGCCCCUACUGAAGAGCGCUGAGACUGAGAAGGAGAUGCAGACAAUGAAGGAGGAAUUUGGGCAUCUCAAGGAAGCCUUGGAGAAGUCAGAGGCACGUCGGAAGGAACUGGAGGAGAAAAUGGUUUCCAUGCUGCAGGAGAAGAAUGACCUCCAGUUGCAAGUGCAGGCUGAACAAGACAAUCUUGCUGAUGCUGAGGAGCGCUGUGAUCAGCUGAUCAAGAACAAGAUCCAGCUGGAGGCCAAAGUGAAGGAGAUGACAGAGAGGCUAGAGGAAGAAGAAGAGAUGAACGCUGAGCUGACAGCCAAGAAGAGGAAGCUUGAGGAUGAGUGUUCAGAGCUUAAGAAGGACAUUGAUGACCUGGAGCUGUCUUUAGCUAAAGUGGAGAAGGAGAAGCAUGCCACAGAGAACAAGGUCAAGAACCUUACAGAGGAGAUGGCUGGGUUGGACGAGAACAUCACCAAGCUGACCAAAGAGAAGAAGACCCUGCAGGAGUCUCACCAGCAAGCCCUGGAUGACCUGCAGGCUGAGGAAGACAAGGUCAACACUUUGGCGAAGGCCAAAGUGAAGCUGGAACAGCAAGUGGAUGAUCUGGAGAGCUCACUGGAACAGGAGAAAAAGAUACGGAUGGACCUGGAACGAGCCAAGAGGAAGCUGGAAGGUGACUUGAAGCUAGCUCAGGAGAGUGUUAUGGACCUGGAGAAUGACAAGCAGCAGCUGGAGGAGAGGCUGAAAAAGAAAGACUUUGAACUCAACACACUCAACGCUCGAAUUGAGGAUGAACAAGCGAUUGCUGCUCAGCUCCAGAAGAAGCUGAAAGAGCUUCAGGCACGGAUUGAGGAGCUGGAGGAAGAACUAGAGGCGGAGCGGACGGGCCGGGCUAAGGUGGAGAAGCUACGCUCAGAGCUGUUGCAGGAACUGGAGGAGACCAGUGAGCGGCUGGAGGAGGCAGGCGGUGCCACUUCAGUGCAGCUUGAGCUUAACAAGAAACGGGAAGCCGAAUUCCAGAAGCUGCGGAGGGACCUGGAGGAGGCCACAUUGCAGCAUGAGGCCACGGCUGCCACACUGCGCAAGAAGCAUGCCGACAGUGUGGCUGAGCUGAGUGAGCAGCUCGACAACCUGCAGCGUGUCAAGCAGAAACUGGAGAAGGAGAAGAGUGAGCUCAAGCUGGAGCUGGAUGAUGUCAGCUCCAACACGGAGCAGCUCAUCAAGGCCAAGGCCAACCUGGAGAAGAUGUGCCGCACCAUGGAGGACCAGAUGAAUGAGCACCGCAGCAAGUUGGAGGAGGCUCAGCGCACUGUCACUGACCUCAGCACCCAGCGAGCCAAGCUCCAGACAGAGAAUAGUGAGCUCUCAAGACAGCUGGAGGAGAAGGAAGCUUUCGUCAACCAGCUGAUGCGAGGGAAACUCACCUACACUCAGCAGCUGGAGGAUCUCAAGAGGCAGCUGGAGGAGGAGGCCAAGGCCAAGAAUGCGUUGGCCCAUGCCCUCCAGUCAGCCCAGCAUGACUGCGACCUGCUGCGGGAGCAGUACGAGGAGGAGAUGGAGGCCAAGGCUGAACUCCAGCGUGCUCUCUCCAAGGCCAACUCUGAGGUGGCCCAGUGGAGGACCAAGUACGAGACAGAUGCCAUCCAACGCACUGAGGAGCUGGAGGAGGCCAAGAAGAAGCUGGCACAACGACUUCAGGAAGCUGAGGAGGCUGUGGAGGCGGUCAAUGCUAAGUGCUCCUCCUUGGAGAAGACCAAGCACCGGCUGCAGAAUGAGAUUGAGGACUUGAUGGCGGAUGUAGAGAGGUCAAAUGCCGCGGCUGCUGCUCUGGACAAGAAGCAGAGGAACUUUGACAAGAUCUUGUCAGAAUGGAAGCAGAAGUUUGAGGAGUCACAAACAGAGCUGGAAGCAUCACAGAAGGAGGCUAGGUCCCUCAGCACUGAGCUCUUCAAGCUGAAGAAUGCCUAUGAGGAAUCACUGGAACACCUGGAGACCUUCAAGAGGGAGAAUAAGAACCUCCAAGAGGAGAUCUCGGACCUCACAGAGCAGCUGGGAGCCAGCCAAAAAUCCAUCCAUGAGUUGGAGAAAGUCCGGAAGCAACUGGAUGCCGAGAAGCUGGAGCUGCAAGCAGCACUGGAGGAGGCAGAGGCAUCUCUCGAGCAUGAGGAGGGGAAGAUCCUGAGGGCCCAGCUAGAGUUUAAUCAAGUAAAGGCUGACUAUGAACGCAAGCUUGCUGAGAAGGAUGAGGAGAUGGAGCAAGCCAAACGCAACCACCUGCGGGUGGUGGACUCACUGCAGACCUCACUGGAUGCUGAGACACGAAGUCGAAAUGAAGCCCUGAGGCUGAAGAAGAAGAUGGAGGGUGACCUCAAUGAGAUGGAGAUCCAGCUGAGCCAUGCCAACCGUAUGGCAGCUGAGGCCCAGAAGCAAGUCAAGGCACUGCAGGGCUAUCUCAAGGACACCCAAUUACAGCUGGACGAUGCUGUACGAGCUAAUGAGGACCUGAAAGAGAACACUGCCAUUGUGGAGCGGAGGAACAACCUCCUUCAGUCAGAACUGGAGGAGCUGCGGGCUAUGGUGGAGCAGAGCGAGCGGGCUCGUAAAUUGGCUGAGCAGGAACUGAUUGAGGCCAGUGAGCGGGUCCAACUUCUCCACUCCCAGAACACCAGCCUCAUCAACCAGAAGAAGAAGAUGGAGGCCGACAUCUCCCAGCUGCAGACAGAGGUGGAAGAAGCCAUCCAGGAGUGCCGGAAUGCUGAGGAGAAAGCCAAGAAGGCCAUCACUGAUGCGGCCAUGAUGGUGGAGGAGCUGAAGAAGGAGCAGGACACAAGUGCCCAUUUGGAGAGGAUGAAGAAGAACAUGGAGCAGACUGUCAAGGACCUCCAGCUGAGGCUGGAUGAGGCUGAGCAGCUGGCCCUCAAGGGAGGCAAGAAGCAGCUGCAGAAGUUGGAGGUUCGGGUGCGGGAGCUGGAGAAUGAGCUGGAGGCCGAGCAGAAGCGCAAUGCUGAGAGCAUCAAGGGACUCCGCAAGUCAGAGCGGAGAGUCAAGGAGCUCAGCUACCAGACAGAGGAGGACCGGAAGAACAUGGUGAGGCUGCAGGACCUGGUAGACAAGCUGCAGCUGAAAGUGAAGGCCUAUAAGAGGCAGGCAGAGGAGGCGGAAGAGCAGGCCAACUCCAACCUGGCCAAGUUCCGCAAGGCGCAGCACGAGCUGGAUGAGGCAGAGGAACGUGCUGACAUGGCUGAAUCCCAGGUUAACAAGCUGCGGGCACGGAGCCGUGACAUUGGCGCCAAGAAAGGACUCAAUGAGGAAUGAAAGCUCCAGAUGCUCUGCCUUCCAGCCCCAACCUCUGACCAAUUCCCUUUGGAUCUCCCAACUCUCCUGCUUUCAGCCAAUAAAAAUUGUUUAGCAGCAGCAGCUGCAUGUGUGGGACAGGGCUUGGUAUGGGGUAGGGCUUAGUGUGGGUAGUGCAGUGGGGUUGGUGUGGGAGCCAUGGGAGACAGAGGGUAGACAAGAGUGUGAGAUGGCCACUCAGGCUAUCCUACAAUGCUGUGCAUCUUGACUCAUGGUGAGUGAACCUCAGUGCAACUGGCUGUGGGGCACUAUGGGUUGCUACAGGACAGUAUGUUUCCCUAUGCACUUCUAUAGGUCCCUCCAGGUUCCUGUGUGACAGUGUGUCAUUAUUGCUCCCAUAUGGGUCUCUGUUUGUUCCCUUUGGCUCCCCAUGGGUCUCUAUGGCUCCCUGUGGUUCGUACGUGGCUCUAUUGGGUUCUAUGACUCUCUGUGAUGUUCUAUGGGUCCUGUGGGUUCUGCCUCCGACGGACUGUGGGAACGGACCACCCCUGUGGCCCAACCCUAGGAAUUUGUCACUUGCCAAGGACAAAGAGGGGACAAAGAGGCAGAGGCGGGGCCGGGUGAUAAGGAGGUCAGAAAUAGCCCCAUCCUUGUCCCCCUGUCUGCAGCAGGAAGUGGUGGGCAUGGUGUGUACUGUAGAGCCCCAUAGGGGCUCACAGAACCCAUAGCUUAUAGGCAAAGCGGAAGCUUAUGGGGCAUAGCUUACAGGGCAAAGCUGUGGGGGUUAUGGGACAGAGCUUACAGGACAGAGGUGGCUCUAUUAGACACAAUGGGAACUGUGGGGAAAACUGGGAAAUACAGGGCAGAGUGUGGCAUCUAUGUGACACAAUUUUAUGUAGGUUUCUCCAAAAGUAAUGCCUCCUGGGUAUUUUCAUGGAAACGACACCAGAUACAAAGAGCACAAUAACGCUAUUUAAUAAAGCAACAUAGUCACCACCAUUAGCCAAUUUGCAUAGAUAUGCUGAUCCAGACAUUCUUCAUUUUGCGGCAUGACAGCUCUGCACGGCUCUCUGGAACAUGGCAUGUCUGUCAUGUUCCUGUCCCACUUCUGAAAUGCACCCACCCCUCACUGUGCUCACAGCUGUUUGUUAGUUUCCAUCAACAUUCAGCAAGCAUCAAUGAAUGUCAGUGGGUGCAAUUUUUUCCUCACAGCGGAAUUCAAUUACACCCUUUGCUCCAUCCACAUUUUUGUGUCAGGCACCAUUCUGACAGACUGCCCCUCUGCUGCCAGCUGUCACACAGCAACAACAAAAAAUGGGGCACUGGUGGGAAGGUUCAACCUCUACUGCCAUAGCUCAAGAGACCCAGUGGAAGGCCAGGAUGCCAGCCAAGAGCACCAGAGGCCUCAGGCCAGAAUUUAGGCUUUAGGGCUUAGAGGCUUAGCAGCCAAGAGGGAAGCUUCUAGGCAUAGAUUUCUACAGAGCUGGAGACUGGCCAAGAGGCCUAGAAAUCUAGAGUACAGAAGGCCCAGAAGGAGGUAUAGAGGCCUAAAAUUUUAGAGGCCAAGGAGGCUUAGAGGCCUUAACGUGUAGAGCCUAAAGUCCUUGAGGCUUAAAGGAAGGCCUAGAGCUGAGAUACCUAUGGGCUGGACUGGAAGCACUGAGGUUUUGAGGCCCUGAUGCACAGAAGGAGGCCAAAAAAGAGAUCACGAGUCCAUGAGUAUUUAAGGUACAAAGGAAGGCUUAGAGGUGUAAUGGAGAACAUAUCUGGAGGCACAGAUGUCUGCAGGCUGUCCUAGAGGCUAGAGGUUGCCCAGGAGGCUUAGAGGCCUUAAGGUAAAACAGCCUGGAGAGAGGCCAAGAACCUGGCCAAGAAGCCUUGCAGCUUAGUAGUCUUGAGGCCAAACUGAGGCAUGGAGGCCAAGAAAGAGGGAGUCUAGAAGACCAGAGGCCAAGAGGAUCUGGGGGUUGAGUGCCCUCGAACCUUGAGGUCUGGACACCUACAGCCCAAGAAGCCUGAAGGCCUAAAGCUGGACUAGAGGUCUUGAGACAAAGGGGCCAAGAGAGCUGGAGGGAGGCCAAGGGGCAUUCAGCAACCAAGGAAGGUGCAGAGGUGUAUAGAUUUAGACACCUAUGGGAGGGCUUAGAGACAAGGAGGUCCAGAGGAAGGCCAAGAUGGCUAGAGGACUAAAGGCUUCCCUCCUGGCCUGCAGGCCUCUAAUGGUCUGGUGCUCUCACUGGUGGAGAAAAACAGACACAACUUUAGCUGUAGGGCUGGGGAGGUUGGGGAACACAGCCAGUGUCCUCCAGGCAUGCAGCAGGACUGCUGGCUGCUCAUGGCAGUGCUCCAUACUCAGGAUAACUGCUGGUGGCCUAUGCUAAUAGAAACAAGGGAAAAGGAUGUCACGGCUUAGGAAAAACCUGUUUGGCAGUGCUCAGGCAGAGCACAAAACACACAAAAUCCUCUGCCACAGUUUCUCAGCAAGGCCUGUGUAACAGAAAAAAUGCUCUCAAAAACUGUGGUACAGCACUUUUUCCCUCAUCAAAUCUAAAAGAGUACUUCUGACCAACCAUUGCCAUCCAGUGCUUCUGACAUGAUUCCCCCUUCCCAGCUGACAGCCACCUCUGAAACCAUGGUCUGAGACACUUCCUGCAGAGAUCUCUGUGGUCAAUCACGUACACAAUGCUGCCCUACACUGAAUGCACACUGAGUUGCCUGCAGAGUUCUACCACUGUCACGGUGCUCAGUGCAGCUGUUGCUGCCUCUGCCAAAAGCCCAGAUGGGAAUUCCUGCAGUGCAACAGCACUGCUGGACCAGGAGGCAAAAGGCAGAUGCCAAAGCCAGGCAGUCCUGCCACCAGGUUUCCACACCACAGCUUUUCAGAUCACAUUUAAACAAAAGAAAAACAUCAGAUCCCUUCCCAAGACCUUGGCCACUUCCCCAAACUGCCGUUGGCUCCAAUUAAACAGUAAAACAAAUAUUCAUUCAUACCAAUUAUUUCUCAAUUGUACAAGUGUGUAAUACUCUUUUGCAAUUAUCCAGUACUCUCCAUGAAACAAAUGCAGUGCAGAUAAAGACUUUGCAUUUCUUCUUCCCUUUCAGCUGGCAACAGAUGAAUACAAAGGAAAAUGAAUAGACAGUGGGAGCAAUGGAUGUGAGUCAGCCACCAAACUGCUGAGCACCGCCUGCUCUCAGACAUUGCCUCACUCUGCCGUUCAGCAUUCCUCAACACACAAGCGCUUCUAAAAACAAAUUCUGACACCUCUUAUGAUUACAUUUCUUUAUGCCUGUGCCAAAAGGCUGCAGGAAACUGGCCUGUCAGCUCCCAGGAGCAGUCUGCUUUGGCAUUGACAGAACAGAUCUCUGUUUGGCUGUCCCCAGACUGUUUCUGGCAGCACUGCACAGAGCUGCAUGCUGCUCCACCUCCUGCAGCACAGGGUGCAGCACAGCUCCUGGUGCACAGAGCUCCUGGCAUGCAGGGCUGCUGCUCCCUGUGGGCAGGGGGCACAGCUCCAUGGGAUGAAGGUGUCCCACCCACCAGCCUAUUGCCCGUGCACCUCACCCCACACACACCACAGCCCUGCACUGCAGGACAUGGCUGGGCAUUGGGCCCAGGCUGACAUGGUCAUGGGUCUGCACCAUGGCACUGUCACUGCACAGGAGUUCCUUGUCUGUGGCAUGGCCAUUCUCAAAGCCCUCUUUACUUCUGUCUUUAACAAACUGGUUAUCCUUGGGGUACUCAGCUUCUGAGCUGGAACACAGGAGUGGGAGCAGAGUAACUCCCCAUGACUUGAGAGGAAAAAGUGCGUGACCUGCUGCCCCGUGCAGUGCUAUGGGCUUAGGGCAGAAUGGCUGGAAAAAUGCAUGGAAGAAAAGGAGCUGGAGGUGUGAGCUGAUACCCACUGACCAUGAGCCAGCAGCAUGCCCAAGGGGCCAAGAAGGCCAAUGGCAUCCUGGCUUGUGUCAGCAGUAAUGCAGCCAGCAGAGCAGGAGCUGACCGUUCCUCUGUGCCAGCCCUGAUGAGGCCACACCUCAGUUCACUGCAAGAAAGACAUGGAGGCCCUGGAGUGUGUCCAGAGAAGGAACAGAGCUGUGAGGGUUAUAGAGCACACGUCUGAUGGGGAGCAGCUGAGGGAGCUGGGAUGGGUCAGUGUGGAGCAGAGGAGGCUCAGGGGAGAUCUCACUGCUCCCUACAACUGCCUAAAAGGAGCUGGUGGGGAAGGGGGAAUGGGACUCACCACCCUGAGUGAAGAAUUUCCCCCUCACAUCUAAGCUAUGUCUUUCCUCUUUUAGUGGAGAGAUCCCCUUGCCUGUCACCACCGCUGUCCUCUCCCCACACUUCAGCCUUACAUUGCCACAGGGCCUCACAGAGAGGCUCUCCAUCAGCUGCACAGCCACUGGAGGAUGGUGGGCAUCCAAAGGGAAACGCUGUAAGACAUGCACCUGUACCCAGAGCUGUGUGAGAGGAAACAAACCAAUCUGGCAGACACGUGGCAGGUAGAUUAUGGCCUGACAACUGCUUUAUGGAUGCUGCUUCCCUGGAGAAACAGAGAGAUGGAUGCUGUCAGCUCCCAGGGGACA